UAUAUAUAUAUAAAAUUUCCUCUUAGUUUAAGUUUUAUCAUUUCUAUUUAUAUAGCAUAGACGUGUGUAAAUAGAUGAAAUACAAUGCUGAUUUCCCGAUAUUUUUUCUACACAAGCACCGUAUGAAAGUAUGCAUACUCAUAUACACCUAUACAAAUUACGCUCUAAAAUGAGAAAACUAAACAAAGUCAGUGUCAAUAAACGAUGCAUCUACCCGGCUGUACACCGUUAUAUUAUUAACUAAUUAUUAUAUAACGUUUACUGUAAAAUUAACUGUUGUUGCUGUUAUGUCGCGCUGUCAUAACAACGCGCGCGCGUGUCCGUAGCUUCUCUCUUGCGCGUAAGUACAAGAUGGGAGGGGAUAAGGGAGAUUGGUUUUUCGGGAAUCGAUUGUGAGUAUGAGUGAGUGAGAAAGAGAGAGAGAGAGAGAGAGAGAGAGAGAGAGAGAGAGAGAGAGAGAGAGAGAGAGAGAGAGAGAGAGAGAGAGAGAGAGAGAAACGCCCGUUGCUAUAGAGAUGAUAUGGUGCGAGUGAUAAUGAGCCGACGUGAAUUGAAACAAGCGUUGCUUGAUUGAUAUACUAACGACUCUAAACCUAAGAGCGAUUCAACGAUGAGAUAUAUUAUUUUUUAAAAUAAAGUGCUUUCAUUUGAAGUCGUGAUGUGUUAUUUCUGAUACAAGUAUCUGAUUUUGGAUUUGAGAGGAAAGGACAGUCAUGGAGAGUCUGCCACUGUUGCCCGGAUUCAGUUUCUCCGGCUCUGAGUCUAUGUCCAAAGAUAACAAGCUGAAGCAGAAACUGAAAUUCAUGAAUGGAUUUCGUGUGAUACACGAUGGCCACGACCCGAACGAUUUUUCAAGCAGCACUAAGCAUGACGUCGAGUUCGAUCCAUCGCUGACCUACGGUCGUCGCAAGCCAUUCAACCAUUACGAGCACCAGCGUUUCGUCCCUCAUUACGCCCUGUUCUCUCGCAAGUGUCUGAGCUUCGAUGCCUACUCCCGCCAGGGUAUCUUCGGCUCCCCGGCUGAACAGUGGAGAGUCAGACGAGUCAAAAUCGUUUAUUAUCUGGAGGAUGACACGAUGACCGUGACGGAGCCAAAGCUGGAAAACGCUGGUUUCAAACAAGGGAAACUCAUUAGAAGAGAUAAGGUUCCUAAGUGGCAGGACCCCGAGGGCAGAUGCUACCAUUGGAAGGACUUUAAUGUUGGAAUGAAUAUCACAAUUUACGGCGUGGUUUACCGCAUCUACGACUGCGAUGCCUUCACCCGCGAGUUCCUGAUGAGCCAGGGCAUCGACGUUUCCGAUCCGGAAGACGUUCCCCCGGAUCCCUACCUUCAAAACCGUUUUCUUCAAGAGCAACAAUCUGCCCUCAACAGCACCAAAGAUAUCAGCCGAUCUCUAGCCGAUGGCAGACGUUACCGAUUCCUCGAGUACGACGGCAUGAUUCUUUCGUUCGACGCCAGCUGGAACGACGACAUCUUCAAACUGAGGUACUUCCUGGCUGAUGAUACCAUUGCCGUUUGCGAGGUCAGAAGACCGAAUGAUGGAAAAGACAGUGAGAGAGGCUGUCUGCUGUUGAAGAGGACGAAGGUGCCGAAGAACUGGAAAGUCCUUCCGACCAACUAUCCGAGUGCGUAUCUGGAAAAGAGCGAUGAGGAGAUCAGAGAGUUUUACUCGCCGUGCGAUUUGAAGGUGGGCGAGACCGUCUUCAUCUUCGGCCGUAAAUUUCUGCUGCACGGCUGCGACCCUUUCACUCGUCGUUAUUACUCCUCGAUGCUUCGGUUUAAUCAGCCACCUCGUAUUCCUCUGCCCAACGAGUCGACUCCGUCCGAUUAUGCUCCAAAACCUUCAACAGCGAAAUUGGAUCCGGACGAAGAACCGAAGAAGGACCUGAUCCGUCGUCUCUACAACUUUCCGAAGAAACUUCGUUACAGCCUGUGUUUGGACGCAGUUCGUCGCGAGGACGAAGGACGCCAGUUCGUCCUGGAGUACAGUCUGGCCGACGGUACCAUUCGCAUAUGCGAAUUCGCGCUGAGAAACUCCGGGAGAAAAGGUGGAUGCUUCCUGGGCUGGAUUAGAGUCCCCAAGCCUGGGACUGAGGAGUACUACACCCCGGAGGACUUUGCUAUCGGGAGUAGAUUGAAUGUAUUUGGACACUGGUUCAUAGUCACGGGAACGGAGCCGUUCGUGUACAAGUACAUGAGAGCAAAUCCGCAGAAGUUCAACGAAGAGCUAAGAAGGGGUGUGAGGGAGUAUCUGAAGGAGAAGGGCUGGAUCGACGCUGAAGAGGGACAGGUAACGUGCGAAAAAGUCGACGUAGAGCAGAAGAAAGAGGAGGAACAUGUUUGCGGGGUCGAAAAGGCUAAGGAGAUUACAGGGGCCAAGGAUUGUUUAUGAUUUGUUACGAGAUUCUCGUAAUGCUCGAGUAUACAUUGAAAGAGAUUUGCCUGCUUUGAAUGAUAAAAUUUACAGUUUGCAUACCCACUAUACAUUGUAAAACAACGGUUUUUUAAUUUGCAUACAACCCUGAGUAGCUUUUUGUGUAUUAACAAUUAAGUAUACUAAUGCCCAAUGUAAUUUCGAUCGGCAGGUAUUGUCAAACAAAUUUUUGAUAUUUCUUAAUAAGUAUAACUUAAGUUUAGUUUGAUAAAAUGAUUGAUUAGUGCGCGCAGAAUAAAUCUAAAAGAUUUUAUGUAACACGCGAACGAUUUUUGCGUUUUUCGUACCUAUUAAUAGGGACUAAAGUGACUCUUUUUUGACCGGCGGGCAAAAAAGUUAUUUUAGCGGGUAAUAAAAACCUUUAUUGCCCGCAUAUUCAAACAGCGGGCAAUAAUGGCCUUUAUUGCCUGCUAAAAAGUCUUUAUUGCCCGCAAAAUUUUUUUUUGUAAUUUUAAAAAAAAAGUUGAUUUUGAUAAAUUUGCAUUAUUUAUUUAUUUUAUAUAAUGUUUGAACAAGACAAGAGCACGGUUGCCGUGUCAAAAAAUAGUCACAUCAGUCCCUCUUAACACGUACGAAAAAACGCGAAAAUACGUCCGCGCGUUACAUAAAAUAUGGUGUGCACCAAGGGCUAAGUGGGCUUUUUGGCCUCGUGGAUUUUGCAGUACUCGUCUGCGGCUCGUAAACGCCCUCGCCUUGACUCGUACUGCAAAAUCCACACUCGGCCUAAAAAAGCCCACUUUACGCCCUUGGUACACAAUAUACUAUUGUUUCGUUUUGUGCAGAAAUUCUAACAAAAUUUCUUGUUUUAAAUAAGUAAAGAAAACAUACAAAUAAUUUUAUAGUCACGAUUUCACAAUGAUUGAACAAAAUUUGAAGUAAAAGUGAAGAAAAAAAAACAAAAUAAAUAAUAUUAUCAGAAAAAUGUAUUAUUUUUCUUUCAUAAUAACUCGUGAGUGCGAUAUGAAAUUUGGCUUUUCAAUUUGACUCCUUUAGAAAAAAAGCUAAAAAUUUUACUUAAAUACGUGUCGCUUAUAAAGACUUCAGCCAAGCAAGAGGCUCGUAGAAAUUAUAAAAAUAAUUAAAAAA